CAUGACUCCUUUAUCGCUUAUAUUAUGUUUAAACCAAUUUAUUGAAUAUAAUCAACUCAUAUAAUAACUCAACCAUCACAUAUGGGUUAAAAAAUGGGUUUAUGACCUAUUUUAACAUGUCUACGGAAUAAGCUACAUCCUUUUGUUCAUGCAAUUACAGAUAGAGGUUAUCACCAACUAGCUGCGAAUAUCAUAAGGAAUGGGGUUUUCUUGGUUGUAACAUGUGAAUGCAGGAACAGGAUGUUACCAAAGCCAAUUGGAGUGAAAUUUUUAUGCCGUCUUAUGAAGCAGCCGCAGCAGGCAUUGACACCAAUUACUAUGAGGCGAAAAGAAUGGUUGAAGCUCAUAUCGGCCUACUCCAACGGUCCGACUCGCCUAGGAUAGUGAAUGUCUCCUCCGUUAUUGGGAAGCUCCAGUACGUGUCUAGCGAAUGGGCGAAAGGAGUUCUUAGCGACAUCGAGAACCUAACACCAGAGAAAGUGGAUGAGGUCGUGAAUGUUUUCCUCGAGGAUUUCAAGAACGGUUCAUCUGCAGCCACACCCGCGUAUAUCAUGUCAAAAGCAGCCCUCAAUGCCUACACCAGGAUCCUGGCCAGCAAGUUCCCAGGUUUCUGCAUCAAUUGUGUCUGCCCCGGCUCCGUGAGAACGGACAUCAACAACCACAGAGGCAUCUUGUCCGCUGAAGAAGGCGCAGAGAGUCCAGUGGAGCUGGCACUUCUGCCCAACGGAGGUCUCACAGGUUGUUUCUUCAUUAGGAAGGAAAAAUCUCAGUUCUGAUUAAAGGCUAUGACUUAUCUUCUCUAGCUAUUAGAACACAUCCUUGUUUAAAAAUAAACCGCAUACACUUCAAGGGAGUUGCCGAUUAUGUGAAGAAGUUGUCGUUUGUUUGU